AUGCACGUACAAUCACUACUGCUGGCCACAGGCCUCGUGCCUCUCGUAGCAGCCGACUGCCCCUUCGCCGCCAAGCGUGACACCGCAGAGCAACCUCUCAUCCCCCAGCGCGAAAUCGCUGAGGACUUCGGCCGAUGCGCCGUCGCGAGCAACCAAGCCGGCGGCGGCUCUCGAAGCAAGGACUUUUGGCCUUGUGCGCUUCGUCUCGAUGUUCUACGACAGUUUUCGCCACAGUAUAACCCCCUCGGUCAGGAGUUUGACUACGCUGAGGCGUUCAAGUCUUUGGAUUAUGAGGCGUUGAAGAAGGAUCUUCAUGAGCUUCUCACUGACUCGCAGGAUUGGUGGCCUGCUGACUUUGGUCACUAUGGUGGUCUCUUCGUCCGUAUGGCUUGGCACAGCGCUGGUACUUACCGUGCCAUGGACGGUCGUGGUGGUGGUGGAAUGGGUCAGCAGCGCUUUGCGCCUCUCAACAGCUGGCCCGACAACCAGAACCUCGACAAGGCCCGACGUCUGCUAUGGCCCAUCAAGCAAAAGUACGGCAACAAGAUCUCUUGGGCCGAUCUCUACCUCCUCGCCGGCAACGUCGCCCUCGAGGGUAUGGACUUUGAACCUCUCGGUUUCGGCGGCGGUCGUCCCGACACCUGGCAGGCCGAUGAGUCCAUCUACUGGGGAGCUGAGACUACUUUCGUUCCCAAGGGUAACGAUGUGCGCUACAAUGGCAGCACUGACAUUUACGACCGCGCCGAUAAGCUUGAGAAGCCUCUUGGUGCUACUCACCACGGUCUGAUCUACGUCAACCCUGAGGGUCCUGAUGGAAGCUCUGAUCCCAAGGCUUCUGCUCUUGAUAUCCGUGUGGCGUUUGAUCGUAUGGGCAUGGAUGAUGAGGAGACUGCUGCUCUUAUCAUUGGUGGUCACACCUUUGGAAAGACCCACGGUGCCGUCCCUGGCAAGAACAUCGGCCCUGAGCCCGCGGCUGCUGACCUCGGAGAGAUGGGUCUCGGCUGGCACAACAAAGUCGGCGAAGGCAACGGCCCCAACCAACAAACCUCCGGCCUCGAAGUAAUCUGGUCCAAGACCCCCACGAAGUGGUCCAACAACUUCCUCGAAUCCCUCCUCGGCAACAAAUGGACCCUCGUCGAGUCCCCCGCCGGCGCACACCAAUGGGAGGCCCUCAACGGAACAAAGGACUACCCCGAUCCUUUCGACAAGACCAAGUUCCGCCGUCCUACCAUGCUCACCUCCGAUCUCGCUCUCAUUCACGAUGAGGCUUAUCUCAAGAUCUGCAAGCGCUGGCUCAAGAACCCUGAGGAGAUGGGCGAUGCGUUCCGCAAGGCUUGGUUCAAGUUGCUUCAUCGUGAUCUUGGUCCUGUUUCUCGAUACCUUGGACCUGAGGUUCCUAAGGAGAAGUUCAUCUGGCAGGAUCCUCUUCCUGAGCGCAAGGGCGAUGUCAUCUCUGAUGAGGAUGUUUCUUCUCUCAAGGCUGCUAUCCUCAAGGCUGACGGUCUCGAUGUUUCCAAGCUUGUUUCUACCGCUUGGGCUUCCGCUUCUACUUUCCGUGGCUCUGACAAGCGCGGUGGUGCCAACGGUGGUCGUAUUGCUCUUGAGCCUCAGGUUAACUGGGCCAGCAACAACCCCAAGCAACUCAAGUCAGUUCUCUCCGCUCUCAAGGCCAUCCAGAAGGAUUUCAACGGCAAGUCCGACAAGCAAGUUUCUCUCGCUGAUCUGAUUGUCCUCGGUGGUGUCGCUGGUGUUGAGAAGGCUGCCAAGGAUGCUGGAUUCAAGGACGUCGAGGUUCCUUUCACUCCCGGUCGUGUCGACGCUACUCAGGAACAAACCGACAUUAAGCAAUUCAGCUACCUCGAGCCUCUCGCCGAUGGCUUCCGCAACUACGGACAUGGCACCGCCCGCGCACGCACCGAAGAAAUCCUCGUCGACAAGGCCGCCCAACUGACCCUCACCCCUCCCGAAAUGACCGUUCUCGUCGGCGGUCUGCGCGCCAUGAACGCCAACUUCGACGGCUCAUCCAAGGGUGUCCUGACCGAGAAGGCCGGCCAACUGACCAACGAUUUCUUCGUCAACCUCCUCUCCCCCGCGUUCAAGUGGGACAAGAAGGAUUCCCGCGGCGAGCUCUGGACUGGUUCUGACCGCGCUACCAAGUCUGCCAAGUGGACAGCCACACGCGCUGAUCUAGUUUUCGGAUCGCAUGCUGAGCUGCGUGCUAUCUCUGAGGUUUACGGAAGUUCUGAUGCCAAGGAGAAGUUUGUCAAGGACUUUGUUGCUGCUUGGACUAAGGUGAUGAACCUUGAUCGUUUCGAUGUAAAGGUUAGCAAGUAA